CACUCAAUGGAAAGAGGAGGUCCAAGUGUAACUCUGAAUAUGUGAGGCACCAAAGUAAACAACAUCCAGCAGCACCCCUUCACACAGACCAGCGCUCGAGGCGAGCUUCUGUUUCAAGCUCAAGGGUUUGAAAACAUUUAAAGUGUGGGACACUUUGCAACAUAUGCUAAAAUAAGUCAAUAUUGGAGCUAUUUCUAUCAGGAGGAAAGGAACACAGCUUCUGGAAGUGUCUCCUGUCUGCUACACGAGAAACAAAACAAAAGGCUGCACAAUGCUAUGCUAACAUCACCCACUCUAAUGAGAUAGGUGGCGCCUGUCCGUUUGCCCUCAGCUGCAGCUCAUACACAUUGUCCUGCAGCUCUUCUAUUUGUGAAAUAGAGAGUUUGCGCUCCGUCUAGACUGCAGGUUACACAACUGUGGUAUUGAACUGUCCGCUGAGACUGCGCAGGAAGCCCUCUGCACAACAGUCAUGUUUCUGUACCUCCUGGGACUGGUGGUCCUCUACUACCUGUACCGCUGGGUCAAGGAGCUGCCCAGGGUCCCGGACAAGGGCAACAAGUAUGUAUACAUCACAGGCUGCGACAGUGGCUUCGGGAGCCUCCUGGCCCGCCACCUGGACAAGCAGGGGUUCAGAGUCAUCGCCUCUUGUUUCACUGAGAAGGGAGAAGAGGAUCUGAAGAAGUCCUGCUCGAGCAAGCUGACCACGGCACACCUGGAUGUCCGGUCAAAGGAAAGCAUUAAUAAAGUUGCAGCAAUGAUCAAGGACAAAGUCGGAGACUGGGGAUUAUGGGCUGUUGUGAACAACGCAGGCGUGUCCGUUCCCUCCGCCCCCUGCGACUGGCUCACCAUCGACGACUACAAAUCCAUGCUGGAUGUGAACCUGAACGGGGUCAUCGCCGUGACCCUGAGCGUCCUGCCUCUGAUCAAGAGGGCGAGGGGACGUGUGGUGAACGUAGCCAGCGUGUUCGGCAGGAUCAGCGUCACAGGAGGACCGUACACCAUCUCUAAGUACGGCGUGGAGGCUUUCAACGACAGCCUCAGGUUAAAUAUGGACCCAUUUGGUGUGAGAGUCCUCUGCAUUGAGCCGGGCUUCUUCAAAACAAACGUGACGGAUGUUGGCAUCCUGAGCAACAACGUCAAAACUAUCUGGGAGAGGCUGCCUAAGGAUGUCAAAGAUGACUAUGGCACCGAAUACCUGCAGAAAUCAUUAGACGUCAUUUCAGAUAAAGUCGCAAAGCUCAGCGAUGGAGACCUGAUGAAGGUGGUGAACUGCAUGGAGCACGCCGUGUCCGCUGUCCGGCCCCGCUCACGCUACUCUCCAGGCUGGGACGCCAAGCUGUUCUGGCUGCCUCUGUCGUACAUGCCAUCCUGUGUGAGCGAUUACAUCAUGAGCAAAGAGGCCAUACCUAUCGCCAAGCCCAGACAAUAAUGUAUUUUUUAUGCCAGUGUGCACGUUCAAUGCAGUAAAACCAAAACUUUCUUUCUUGUGCACUUUUUUGUAACAGACAUUAAAAACCUGUUUAAAGAA